AAUUCGCACCGUUUUCAGGAUAUGCCACUCAAUUCGCGUGACUUUCAGAAUAUGCCAUUGGAAGCACGAAUUCCUUCAUUCCAUGCCAUUUUUCUCUAUUUUCCCAAAUUUCUCAGAUUUCUAAUACUUUCCUUCAUCUUUCUCACCUGACCGGACGGAUUUACCCAUGGGCCCAUCUGUCAGGAGAGUAGAGAGAUAGCCUCCUCCUCUCAGGGAACAGAUCGAUCUAUCGCAACAAAAAAAAAGGGAAACAUAUCGAUCCCCUUCCUCCUUCCUCCCGGCCGACAGACGCAACGCCGCUACGAGCCGCCGCCCCGACCGCGCCCCACCCCCGCGCCUCGCUGGCAGCUCCGUCCCCCGCUCUGCGCCGUGCAACCGCGCCUCGCCGGCGGCUUCACCCCCGCCCCGCGGCAUGCCACCACGCCCAGCAAUGGAAACCCUAAAUAUCUAGGGUUUGAAGGAGGAGAUGGAGAGGGGGGAGACAGCGGCUCGAGAAGAGGGCGUGCCGUAGGCGACGGCCUCAUUGCUACGUAAUGAGCUUUCUUCGGGGAUUGAUCCCGAUGCAGUGUUUAGGGUGUGCGUUCAGUUUGGUCAAUUUACAGCUAAACUUGAUGAUGGAACUUGUGUUCAUGUGCCACGAAAGUGCUUGGAAUGGGUUGUGGACUAUCAGCAAUGCACUUUGGAGAGCUUGGAGAAGGACCUUGUAGCAAGGGUAACAUGGGGCAAGUGCCAACAGGUUGUGAUGAGUGGAUAUGACAUGACCACGGGUGAGGAAACACCGUUUAAGGACAAUAUGGAUGUAGUGCAUGCAUUGUUUGUUAGGAAAAGUGAUAAAAAGUUGUUUCUGUAUGCUGAUGUGGAGGACAAGCAUGAUCAGUUGGUUACUAAUUCAUCCGUUUCAGAGGUAAAUGAGUUAUUUAUGGAUGAGGUUGUGACAGCUAGACAUGGUGAUGAAUCAAACAAUCUGCCUGACAUUGAUUGGGAUGGAUUGGAAAUAGCUCAAAUUCCACAAGAGCAAGUUCAUCACCAAGUCAUUGAUUGGGAUGGAUUGGAGAUAGCUCCAAUUCUAGAAGCUGAUGUAGGUUCUUUAGUGCCUUUGAUGGGGGAAGAUGACAUGUAUGCAUUCGUUGGACUUAGAGCUGAGGAUGAGAGAGCUGAACAAGCUAGGCUACAAGCUGAAAACCAAAGGGAUUCUGCUCCUAAUCCAGCUGCAGAUGUUGCCCAAGGGGACUUAAACCUUAACGAGGCAGAGAUAGAUGUUAAUGAUGUGGUUCCUAGUGAAGCUGGAGUUUUCUAUGAUAGGGAUGAUCCUCCAAUGGAAGUUGGAAGCUUAUAUAUAAGUAUGGUUGAGUUUAGGUCAGCUGUGAGGCAACAUGCUAUAAAGGGGCAAUUUGAGUUAGGGACAGAGAAGACUGACACAGAGAGGUUUCGGGGCUAUUGCACAGCUGAGGGAUGCCCAUGGGCUAUUGUGGCAAGGUUACAGCCUGACGGAAAAUCUAUGAAGGUUACUUUGAACAGAUUUCCCCAUCAUUGUACAUCAACCGUGAGAGUUAAAACCAAGAUGGCAUCCUACAAGUGGGUAGCAGAGAAGGCCAUUCCCUUUCUAAAGAAGGACCCAAAUAUGGGUGCAACAAAGCUACAAGAUGAGUUGCAAACCACACACAAAGUCACAGUGGGAUACUCAACAGUUUAUGCAGGUAUGCAAAAGGCUAUAGAGCAAAUAUUUGGGACGUGGGAAGAGAGCUUUGCAUUUUUGUUUAACUUUAAGGCUGAGAUUGAGUUGAAAAUGCCGGGAAGUGUUGUGGAGAUAGAUGUACAGGAAGAUGGUGAUGGGAUUUAUUUUCACAGAUUCUUUUGUUCAUUCAAACCUUGCAUUGAUGGUUUCAUAAUGGGUUGCCGACCUUACUUGAGUAUAGACUCCACGGCACUUAAUGGAAAAUGGAAUGGUCAACUAGCUUCUGCAACAUCUAUAGAUGGACACAACUGGAUGUUUCCAGUUGCAUUUGGAUUCUUUCAGAGUGAGACCACUGACAACUGGACUUGGUUUAUGCAACAACUUAAUAAGGCAGUAGGCAAUCUUCCAACCUUAGCUAUAAGCUCAGAUGCUUGUAAGGGGCUAGAGAAUGCUGUGAAGAAUGUUUUUCAAAGGGCAGAACAUAGAGAAUGCUUUUGGCACUUGAUGCAGAAUUUCAUAAAGAAGUUUCAAGGUCCAGUGUUCGGGAACAUGUACCCUGCAGCUAGGUCUUAUAUGCCAGAAAGAUUUGAUCAUUACAUGAAUAAAAUUUAUGAGGCAAAUUCAGAUGUGAAGCCAUACUUAGAAACCUAUCACAAAUUGCUUUGGAUGAGAAGCAAGUUCUCAGAAGAGAUAAAAUGUGACUUCAUCACCAACAAUUUAGCAGAGUCAUGGAACAAAUGGAUUAAAGAUAUGAAACAUCUUCCAAUUGUUGAGCUUGCAGAUGGUAUUAGGUCAAAGACAAUGAAUCUAUUGGCUAGGAGGAGGAAGAUAGGUGAGAAAUUGGAUGGUGUGAUGCUACCUAUUGUGGUUCGUCAACUCAAUGCAAUGACUAGAGAACUGGGCCACUUGAAGGUAGUUCAAGGUGAUAGAGACCAAGCUGAGGUGACUGAGAUCACUGCUGAACAUGAGAUUAUUAGACAUGCUGUCAAUCUGGUAAACCAUACAUGCACCUGUAGAGAGUGGCAAGUUUCUGGUAAACCAUGCCCACAUGCUUUAGCUCUCAUAAUAUCAUAUAGAAACCCUAACAUGGCUGAUUAUUUAGAUCCUUGCUAUUCGGUAGAAAGGUAUAAGCUUGCAUAUGCAGGAGUUAUUUUACCACUUCCAGAUAAGUCCCAAUGGCCAAAAGUGAAUAUUGGUUUUAAGUUGUUGCCACCUCUUACUAAGAGGGAAGUUGGGAGGCAAAGGAAGAACCGAAUAGUCGGGUGCCUUGAUAAGGGCAAGGCUAGGAGCAAAGGCAAGUGGCAGGUUCAAUGUAAGAGAUGUCUUGCCAUGGGCCAUAGGUCGACGUCACCAAAAUGUCCUUUGAAUGGAACGAAGAAAAAGCCGAGUCGGGCCAAAAAAGGGAGACUACUUAGUGAAGCAAAUUGUGCAGCAAGUACUAGCAUAGAAGGCACACCCAAAAGACAGAAGGUAGGCCCAAAUGGUUCAACUAAUACUAGUCCAGGGCCUAUAACAAGAAGUCAAUCGGCAUUGACAACAACUGGUGGAGAAGGACCAAUGAGGCAGAUGACAACUCCUCCAAGGCCCACUAGAGCUGCAAAGAAGAUCACUCCAAAAAAAGGGCUAAAAACGAGUGCUCCUUGAUUAUAUAUUCUCAAAUAUGGGAACUAUUAGAUUAUGGAUGCUUUUGUAUGUGAACCACAUGACUGUGCAAGUUGUGGCUUUUAUUUUGUAAUCUGAACUUCUAUGCCUGGAUUAUGUAUUUUGGAUGGCAUUCUCAGACUUGCUUACUUAGAGGUGCUUGCCUUGGAUAUUGUUUUACUUGCUAUAUAUCAUGCCAAAAUAUGGUUAUAUGUUGUUCAAAUUGGAAAUUCUGGGUAUAUGCUGUCAGAAUUUUGUGUAUAUGUUGUCAAAAUUUUGAGUAUGUUGCUGUCAAAAAUUACAU